CUGGGAGCUGGCGAGGGCGGGCGGGACGGAGGGACGGACGGAGGGACAGACGGACAGAGGGAGCCCGUGGAAAGGCACCGGCCCUCCCCGCUCGCCCGUCGCUCCAUGAAGCUGUGCCCGGGGUUCGCGACGCCCUCGGGCUGGGCGCUGCCGCUCCUCCUCGCCCUGGGCGCCGGGCUCAGCCACGCCACUCCGCACCUGCGGUACACCCGGCCGGGCUCCCGCAGCAAGAAUUGGUGCGCCUACAUCGUGAACAAGAACGUGAGCUGCUCGGUGCUGGACGGAUCGGAGAGCUACAUCCAGGCCCAAUACAGAUGCGCCUCGAACCAGUUCCCCUGCCAGCCUACUCAGGUAUACCGAACAAGUUUCAGGCCUCGUUACACAGUUGCAUACAAGACAGUAACAGAGCUGGAAUGGAGAUGCUGUCCCGGGUACAAAGGGGAAGACUGCAGAGAAGGCCCAGCAGAAAAGCCGAACACUGCUCGUCGUCCCACAACACCAGCAAGAGCUGCAGUGAAGAAAGGCUUGGAUGCAGAACCAACAGAAGCGCCAGAACCUUCACCAUAUGAGAAAAAAAUGCAGUUUUUGGAGGAUGAAUUGUUUAGACUUACACGAUCGGUGCUUGAACUUCAGUCUUCUGUGGCAGGUGUGAAUGAAAACCUGAAGUUGACUGUCCAAGAAGAUGCAAGUAAGGUGCUGGUCACUUGGCUGAACAACCUUUACGACCGCCCAGAGCCUGACAGUGCUGUUGGUGGUGAAACAGACAGUAUUCAUCUGCCUGGACUCCACAGCAAUAAAGAUCAGAAAGACCCAUUUCUUGAUUUUGAAAUGGAAGAUUUAAAGUCUGAGCUAGCUGAGGUCAAAGAAGCCUUGAAGAUGAGGAAUGACAAACUGGAGGAACUGAAUGGAAAAGUAAAAGGCUACGAAGGACAACUAAAACAACUGCAGGAGGCAGCACGAGGGCCUACAAUAACAAUGCCCAGUGACAAUAUAUAUCAGGAAUAUAUAGACUCAAAAUUUGAGUCCCUCAGACAGGAAAUACUAGAUGGAUUUGAAAAGAAAAUGGCAGAUCUGAAGAACUCCUGUGAAUACAAACUACAGGAUAUCCAACAGCAGUGUGAUGACAAUGAAAAUAACUGUGUAGGAAUAAUUGAUGUUAUAAGAGGAAAAGAGAAUGAUUUGAGGAAAGAAAUAAAUAAUCUCCGGACUCAGAUUCCAUCAAACAAGUCUAGUUGUUGCAAGGACAGCGAGAGAAGUGACUUAGACCAAAAAUUAAAAGAUUUAGAUACGAAGAUUGACAGAGUUGCGGAAGCACACAGGAUCUUGAAUGUCAGAAUAGAUAAUGAAAUCAGUCGAUUGUCAACUCCAGAUCUAGAAGACAUGUUUGGUGAGAGGCUGGAGGAGCUGGAUGCCAGGAUGAAUGUUACAGAAAGAAAUGCUGAAGAGCAUUGUUUUUACGUUGAGGAAACUCUCCGCGGCACUAUAGCUACCGAGGUGGAUGAACUGAGAGAUUUGUUUGACCAAAAGCUACGGUCACUAGAAGAUAGGCUGGGUGGCACUAUUUUUGAGAUUGCUAAUACAACAGACCCACAUGGAAUGUUUAUUAAUCCCGAGCCCAUCUUGCCCAGUGACGCAGGGUUUGCCAAUGAGCAAUUUACAGCAGAGAUGAGUUUCCUGAAGAGCAAAGUACUGUCACUUGAACACCUCUGUGGGCAGAAAUGUCAGUCCACACCACCAGGUAGGGGGGACCUUCAGAAAGAGUUAGAAAAUUAUAACAGCAAACACAACCACUUGCUUUGGAAAAUGGAGAACAACUCAGCUCUCCUGCAGUCUCUAAAUAGCUCUCUUAAUGAGAAACUCAACUUAAUAAAGGGUAACCAACGUGACAUCCAGAAAAUGCAGAGGGAUGUACGGGUAUUCCGAUAUAGUCUAAAUAUCAUGGAUAAAGAUAUGAAAAAUCUUCAAGAUGGCUUGAAUAGCUGCAAAGAGCAGCUUCUGGGUGUCAACUCUACUUGCAGAAAAACACAACGAGGUGUCUUCCGAAAAAUUGAUCAAAUGCAGAGGACAUUUGCAAAUCAAACUGCUCAUCCCAGUGAUAAUUGCUGUGGUGAAGUGAAGGAGAGACUAGAGCAAUUGAAUGACAAUAUCCUGAAUGAUCUUGGCAAGUGCAAAGAAAAGACCCAGGGUAUCCAGGAGGGUGUUUCAGAUGUUGAGAGCAGGGUCUCUCAUGUUGAAAAAGUUUGUGGCAAGCUGGACUCUGUCUCAGGUAACUUGCAGAAGAUAAAAGAAGGUCUGAAUAAGCAUGUGAGCAGCUUAUGGAACUGUAUCCGUGAAAUAAAUGGAACUAUAGCAUCUCAUUCCACUGAUAUUUCUGGCCUCAAAAAUUCUGUACGACAGUUUAAUAGUCAGGUCUCCAAAAUCACCACAGACAUUGAAGGCAUGCUGAAAUCUCAGUCUGGCACAGGGCAAUCAGAAGUAGGACAGCAGCCAUUGCCACCACGACCACCUCUGCAGCCCCAACCUGGCAUCUCCCUGUUGCCAUCAAGGCCAAGGAUACAACCUCCACGACAGAGGAUCCCCCUCCAGCCACCACAGCCAAGACCUCUUCCACGUCCAGCACUUCCAGGGUCAGAAGUUAUGCCAUUCGUGCCUGGAACAACUGGGAUCAUCCUGGAGACUGGAGAGGCAGGGCCUCCAGGCACUGUUCUAAUGUCAGGCAGAGGGCGGCUUAGGAGUGCGGAUGGCCAGGCUGGUCAGAGUACCAUGCCCAUUGCUGAAGGGUAUGCUGGGGCACCAGGAUAUCCAAAGUUAUCUCCUCCUACAGCGGACUCACAAGGACCUGCUGCUGCUGCUGCAGCCUCUCUGGUGUCGUUUUCUGCUGGGCUCACACAGAAGCCUUUCUCCAGUGAUGUCGGUGUAGUUCACUUCAACAAAGUGCUCGUGAAUGAUGGGGAUUAUUAUAACCCAAAUACAGGCAUUUUCACAUCACCAUACGAAGGGCGCUACCUGAUCACUGCUGUCCUGGCCCCAGAGAGGGAUGAGUACGUAGAAGCAGUGCUGUCUGUCUCCAAUGCAAGUGUGGCUCAGCUCCACACAGCUGGGUACAGAAGGGAACUGUUGGAGUAUCACAAACCCUACUCGGGGAGACAGACCUGUGGUGGUCCUGGGACGUUCCACCUUGUUCUUCACCUCAAAGCAGGAGAUGAAGUGAACGUUGUCGUCACAGGAGGCAAACUGGCCUACACAGACUCUGAUGAAAUGUACUCUACGUUUAGUGGAGUUCUCCUUUAUCCUUCCAUUUCUCAUGUUUAGGUUUACCUUGAACAGGAGAAAAGGGUAAGAUAUUCAGAAGUUGUGUAAUAAAAUUCAAAGCUUUAAUAUAUUCAGUUUAUGUAUUUGAUUUCAGUGAUGGGUUUAUAGUCUAUGCUGAGACCUUUUUCCUCUCCCCUGUUUCCAGAGGUAGCUACAAAAGAUGUUUCUGUGGCUAAAUUAACUCCUUCCCAAGCCCUUGUUUACUGGUACAAGCAGAACAACAAAUGUGUUCUCAGUAGAUACUUCUCCACUCUGCUCAUGCUGCCCCCUGUAAAAUUGCCUUUGCAGUCUUCUCCUUAGUUUUUCAAAUUGUCCCUGCUGUAUCAAAGUUUACAUCCUUGCUGAAGUUUACAGAUGUAGUUGGCUCCUUUCAUCUCUUCAGGAAAGCAGGGCCAGUGACAUUAUAUGGACAGGGUUGAUGACUUCUUAUUCCUCGUGUUAUUUAAUUUAAUAUAUUGGGUGAAGUUCAUUCACAUAAACAAUUUGUUCAGUGCAAUUGCUGAACAAGGUGCAAAGCAAAACCAUACAGGUCUGCAAAAGUUUGGUUUUUAAAAUUUUUUUUUCUCUCCCUUUAAAAGAUGAGUGACUCAUUCCAGUCAAGUGGAAGCAGCUGUGCAGGGAGAAACUUAACCUGGCCUCAGCUUUCCACUGGGCAGAUGUGAGUGUGAGGUGCGGUUGCUACUGCUAAAAGAUGUAGAAGUUAUUUGCAAUUGAUACAGUAAAAAAAGACGAUCAGUUAAGCAUGAUGCUCUUGAGAUUAAAGCUUGCUGCCUGAAAUGAAUAAAACAGGUCAGAAAAAAAUCUGAAUUGUCUGUGCUUAGCUAGAAAAGUGGUAAUUUUGAAAAGUUUGGAAUAUUUUAUAAAGCUUGUUUCUGGUACUACUAUAGUAUUUGCAAUAAAAAGGAGGAUUUCUUCCUUGUUGCAUUGUAGAGGACAAAUCAGAUGAAAAAUUGCUUACCUAGGAAAUCAGCCUUAUUAGCUAAUACUGUCAAAUGCACAACCCAGCCAUCUGCACUGAGUCUUUGCUGUAACAGCCUCCUGCAUCAGUGCUUUUGAAUGAGGUUUAUUUUAACACUAAGCAUCUGUUUACAUGGAUGAAUCAACUUUCUUAGCUUAAACAGAUAAACACAUUUUGGGCAAAAAGUUUAUUUCUUCUGGCCACUUCUUGGUGACCAUAACAAAAGUGAUGGUUUGGCUCUUUAGAGUUAGCAUUUUGAUCUCUUUUGUGGCUGAAAAAAAAAUAAUAAUCCAGACAUGCUUUAUGAGAGCAGGACUGUUCAUUUGUCACCUAUGUAUUUGUAUAUAAACUGGUAUUUUUUAUAGUCUAUUCAUGCUGCAUAGAGUUAUAUUUAUCAUAGUGGUUUGUGUAGUAUAUUUUUCUUCUUACAAAUGCAGAACAGCUGUUCAUAGCCUCAGAACAAACAAUUCUUUUAGGUGAAAGAAGAACUCCUCGUGAUGUAAGCAGCACAGUAUGUUUAAGCUGAAGCCCUUCCCAUCUCAAGAGGUCAGACCAAGACUUAUGCCUUUGUUGCUUGGUUUUGGAAUAGAUACUCCCUAAUAGCUCCGUUUCCAGGCGAUGAGAUGGGGCCUUCCCACAACAAACGAUCACAUCCUGGAAGUUGAGCUGUUUUUGAGAAAACCAGGUGGAAAAGCUUUCUCUCCACAGAGGAACUCUGAGUCAGUCCCUGUGCAGCUAGCAUUGCACUGGGGGAGUUGUGAGCACAGAAAGGAAAUUUUAAGUGGAGUUUUAAAGCACUUGGUUCAGGAAGAUCUCUUGGCACCUGGUUUUCUGAAAUGAAAGUGUUACUGAUAAGGAUAAGCUAGGACUGGAUGUAUGUUGUGGCAGGGAAGCUGUAAGAACAGCUGUUAGUAGCAAAAGAUGUACAGUGAAGUUGUAAUUCACAGCUUGAGGGAGCUGCCCUCAUCUCAUUUUUUAUCAAAAGCCAAUUACAUCAACCACUUUUAUUUUUUUAAACAUAAUUUCUUGUUAUGUAUGAAAACCGAAGAGGCACUUUUCCUUUUAGGAAAUUUUUCACUCUCCUCAAGCAAUCUGUGUUUUCUAAGAAGUUGGCUCCAGACUAUGCGUGACUCAAGUAUUGUUAGAUUAUUGUUGCCUGUUCUAAAAAUGACUCAUGGAAACAAACAAAAUGAGCUGAGUGCUUAAGGAGACCUAGCUGGCAAACACAAUUUAUUUUUUUUUUUCUUUUUCUUUUUUUUCUUUUCCAUUUUUUUUCUUUUUUUUUCCCCCCUCCUGUGCGACAUUAUUAGAAUCAGCAGUGCAAGGUUAGUGCUAAAGUUUUAUCAUCCAAUUCUUACCUAACUGCUCCUGUAGAUUUCUAGAUCCAACCCAAAAAUCUUUACAAGCUCAGUUCUGCACAUGGAACAGGGCUGUCUUCUACCAGAAAGUUUCUCCUUGUACCCAGGAUUUGCUGCUGCUGCAGUGCUGAGAUUGUUGGAGCUUUUCAAUGCAACAUAACUGGCAUUUGUACACAGUUCUAAAGCGUUGCCUAAACUGUGUCACAGCAGGCCCCAGACUUCGCAGUGUUUUUUGAGGACACCUUUUAGGAACAGUUUCACAUCCCCUGUCUGUAGCAGUGCAGUGGCUAAAGCUAUAUAACCUUUGACAAGGAAUCUGUCUUGGAUUCCUGCCUCUGUUGAGGGAUACUUGAACCUUAAUUGCCACUUCUUUGGUAAUUGGUGUAAUCAGGGUAGGUCAGUGCCUCCUGAUGCGGUUAUUUUCCUGGAGUUUACAAGGUGGGAGAUCACAACACUGUAGCACCUGAAUAGCAAAGAGAGGGGAGAACCCACAUUCCAGCUCUGCUCCAGUUAAGUGCUUGGAUAAAACAUUCUUUAAAGCAGCAGCUGAAAGAGACUCAAGCACAGACACGUUCACAGGCCUGGUCAAUUUCAAAGGAAGGAGCAAGAGCCCUGCUCCAGGGUACCCUGAACCCACUGACAGCAUUUGGAAACAUCUUUGGGGAGAAUCAGGAACAGAGUAAGGAAAUACCUGGACUGAAUGAACACCCUGCAGUGUGGGUUUAUGAUUUGAAUACCAUGUCCAAGAGCACCCACCAGCCCAAAUAGGAAGCAUCUGAUAACCAAGAAUACCUUAUAAAAAACAACCUGGUAAGUGGAAGCUCUGAGGCAGGUACAUUGCCUGUUUCAUAAAUCACUGUGCUGCCUUUCGGAUCAGCUCUGCAGGCAGCUUUGUAAUGCAGUGUAUUAAGACUGUGAGAUUCUCAGGAGAAACAGUAGCUGUUGUGCCGGGUGCUCCCAUUUCACAUCAAAACAGGAAGAAAAUCAAACCACACCAGCUGAAGCAGUACAGACCCUUGUGUCUGACAGCCCCUUAGCCAGGCACAAGGUCAGGUGGUUUCUCAGGGACUGCCCAAAUCUCAAAAGCCACCACAUCCCCCAAGGCAGUAUCACUGGUGAGAUAGGUAAAUUCCCAGUGCCAGGUCAAGAGGCCAGCAUGCCCACAGAGACAUGGGAAGGGUAUCCUACAGCAUAUAACUGGGAAGGGCCUCAAAGUGAGAUGUAUCAGUCAUAUCCCAGGAAAAGCUUGGAGCAAAGCAGGAAUGCCAACUUUCACCACAAAACCUGUGAAAAACUACCUCGUUAUUAUAAUUUGCUGUUAAGACUUUUGAGAUAGCUGAGACAUUUCUGUACUGACUGCUCCAAGCAAUUGGUGUUUUCUGUGGUAUUCCACCAUAUUCAGUGUACCCCAGGUUACUUAUUGCAGCAGCUUUGUGCAGUCUUGCUGAAAGAUUCUAUUCAGCUUGAUGAAGCCAAGCAGACAUACAAGAAAAAAUACAAAUAGUCAAGUAAAGACACCAAACUCUAAGUGGAAGGCAUAGGAAGGCAACCGAACACAAAAUGUCCCUCACCAUCCUGUGCAGCUUUAAAAUGGGCUUGGAAUGCAAGGUAAAGGGCUCCCCAACUGCAACCAGGAGAUUCCAGUCAGGAUUGAAUUAUUUCCUGAGGCUACACUGUGCAUUUGGAGGUGAGUUUUAUCUGCCAAGUCCUUUGGUUACGGCACAGUAGUGGAUCUAUUUCACCAAAACCACAAAUGUAUUUAGAGCCUUAGCUUGGAGACAGGAGGAACAUGCACCACAUGGAGACUCCAUCAGCAGGGAUGGAGCUUUGGCUGCCAGUUGCUCCCAGAUAAUGGCACAGAGAUCAAAUUAUCAAGUUACCAGGAACACCUGAGGGCUGUGUCCUGUCAUCACAAGACAGACUUGCACUUGAGCCAGCACCACCCCUCCUGCAAGGUACUCUGCAGACUUAAAAAAAGAUACUGAAGACCAGCUCUGCCAAUUCUUUGUAUCUAGACUUCAAAGAACAUCUUGUAACGUGUUACAACAUAACUAGGUUUUGGCAUUUAUCCAUUUUGCUAUCUUGAUUUUGAAAAUAAUAAUAAUAA